GAGGGCGGCGUCCGCCGCGGGACUACAGCACCCACAGUGCCCGGCGGCUUCCGGGUGGCGCGGGGCCGCGCCCGGUGCAUGGCGGUGGCGCGGAGGAUGGGGCCGGAGCGGGUGUGUCCCGAGGAGCCGGGGCCGCCGGAGGCCCCCGAGGGCGCGGCGGGAUGGAGCGGCGACGAGGAGGAUGAGGAGGAGGAGGGGGAAGAGGAGGAAGAGGAGGAGGAGGAGGGGGCCGGCGGGUACCUGUACCAGCCGCUGAGCCAGGAGCCGGAGCAGGGCCUCGCCGAGCCGGGCCCUCCCGCGGGCGGCGCCGAGCCGGGCCCCGGCCUCCAGGAACGGCUGCAGAUGCUGAGGCUGCACCUGCCCGAGCCGCCCGCGGACAGCGAGGAGGAGGAGGAGGAGGAAGGCGCGGCGGCGCAGAGCAGCCGCAGCUCCAUCCCUAUGGACCCAGAGCACGUGGAGCUGGUGAAGAGGACGAUGGCGGGCGUGAAGCUGCCCACGCUGGGCAUCCCCGCCUGGGCCAGCCAGAUCUCGGACGAGCAGUGGCAGGCGGUGGUGCAGCGCGCGCUGCAGGCCCGGCACGGCGCGGGCGGCUCCCGGCCCGAGUGGAAGUGAUGGCCGAGCCCGGCUCCGCGGCCCCCGGCCCCGUCCUGCCGCUCGGCGACGGGACUCACCGGCGCCCGCGUCCCCGUUCCGCCCGUCGACGCGGUCCGACCUCCCUUCGUCUCUUCCCCACUUGUGGCCGUGUUGCCCUGCUGCUGGCAUCCUGCCCUCGCAGGAGGCAGGAACCGGUUCCCGAACCCGUGCGCGUGGGGAGGGAGGGUUCGAGCCCUCCCCGUGCAGUGCAUGUCUGCCACCACAGCUCCAGCCCAACGUGUCUUUCCAAGAGAUCAGUUUUAUUUAGUACUGUACAUACAGGGACAUCUGUACAAAAUCCAACACUUUCAUACUAUGUAAUGCUCUACUGAAAAUAAAGUACACCAUAUGUACAUA